UCGCCCGGAAAGGGUUCCCGCUUAGCACUCGAUCUGUUGGUUCUCCACCGGUCUGCUCCGGGGUGUGUGUGUGUGUGUGCGUGCGUGGUGGGAUCGAUCUCCCUUUUUUGCGACCAUUGUUUAAGUGUUUGCAGCUCAAACGAAAAACCAUUAUCGGAAACAUGUUCUGAAGUAACACGACUUGCCUCGCGCGUAUGUGUGUGUAUACGUUUAGUGCGCACUCCGUAAGUGUCUCCGUUCCAGCACAGAGCGUCUACGUCGGCACUACUACUCGGAGUGUUUGAGGGCUGCCAUUACGUACCGUGAUCGCGCCGUCGGUGUUCGCCAUUCAAAAGGUUCGUCGGCUACGUGCGCAUUGAAAUCGAUUGAUCGAAAUCGACACGCGGUGCAGUGCACUGGCUCGGUUCUCAGCGCUGGUCGUCGGUCUGCGUGUGUGCCAGCGCCGGAAAGUGUCUCACGUUGCCGCCGUGCGUGUCUUACGAAUUUUUUUAGCAGCCCACCACUACACCCCGAGCCGAUGCUGCUGUCGUCGCGCGCAAACAUGAGGCUGCUCUGCUACGCACUGGUCACCCUGGUGACACUAGUUACGGUGACCAACUGUGAAGCGAAAGCAACCCACAAGGUAACGUGCGCCGAUGACACGAUGCGAGUGGACGUCGCCCUGCCGUCGAGCAACUUUUCCCAGGAGUUCGUGUAUCUCGAUGGCAUGAAAGGCUACCCGGAUCCCAAGUGCCGGCCAGCGAUACGCGAAAACCUGGCCGUGUUCGAGCUGUCCCUGACCAACAUCUACGACUGCGGGGUGACGCGUGUAAUCAACCAAAUUACGGGCAAAAAAGUGUUCUACCAUCGGAUCAUUGUCGAAGGCGAACAGGAGUCGGGCAAGGAGAUCGUGAGCGUGAAGUGCAUCACGGCCGGGCCGAGCUACAACGUGACGACUCACGGUAUCGUCAAGCGAGACGUGCUCCCGCCUGGCUUCCAGGAACCGGAGGACCUCGAAAUAACGACCUCCAUCACGGAGAACGCUCCGGAACCGUCGCUCGGAAUCGCCAUCCGGCAGGGUGACAAACUGGUGUCGGGCGAUCUGAACGUCAGCCCCGGGGCGCACCUGCAGAUGGAGAUCUUCCUCGAUAACCGUUCGGCACCGAUCUACGGUCUCGGGGUGAACUACAUGCUCGUGACGGACACCAAGUACCAGGAGGAGACCAUCAUCUUCAACGGCUGCUCGGUGGAUCCGUAUCUGUUCGAAAACUUCAACACCAUCGACGGUGACCUGCUGGCGGCCAAGUUCCGUGCGUUCAAGUUUCCCGAAUCCACAUACGUCCAGUUCCGCGGAACGGUCAACGUGUGUGUGGACCGCUGCAAGGGUGUGAUCUGUAGCAACGGCCAGACCGCCUUCGGGCGCCGUAAGCGCGAAGUGAGCCAAGUACCGGCCGAUCCGAACAAAAUCUACGAAGUGACGAUGACCACCUUCAUCAAGGUGAACUACGACGAGAACGCUGACCAAAAGACCGUGUCGGAGAUCGAUCAGAAGAUACGCCAGCUGAAGCUCACCAACCAGAAGCUGGCCCGGAACAGCCGUGCGGGGAACGUGUUUGAAAGCAUUCACGUUCCGGCGCGUGCACCAGAUGCGGACCAAUCGGCGGUCAUGUCAUCGCCCGCCCCGGCACCGCCAGUGGCCGACAACGAGAACGCUAAGGUCGAAGAAACGAUCCUGUUCCGGGAAGUGAUCACCCGACAGGAGGCAGCGUUCGACGAGGGUACCACCGAUGAUGCCAGCGGAGCCAACCGGCGGAACCAGCAUCCGGUUACUCUCGCGGCCGUUCUACUACUUCUCGGUGCGGCGCUAUCUUCUUUGCGCCAUUGAAAUGCCACGAUCAUCACGAUUUCUGCAACACCACGAUCAUGGCGAACUAACAGAAUCGAAACCCGCGCAAUGCAGUGGCACUUCCGUACGGCGUAUCUCGUGCAAUUGUGGAGCAGAUCGGAAUCGGGUUGAAAUCGUUUGGAGCGGAGAACCACGAACACAAGCAAUGUAAAUAGACUAAACUAAUCGGCACGAAAAGCUUCUACGGGACAGCAGCUUUUAGUUUUAGCAGGCAGCUUUUAGACUUAUAGGCUACGCCGUUGACAGUUGGCCAGAGAGUACGACAAAUUAGUGACUAACACAUGCGACGAACGUUGGCGUUGUUUGAAAAACGAGGAAGGUGGCGUUCGGCGGUGCACAUGUAAUAAUUUAUCACCACCCACUGACGAGAAUGCAUUUUCACCGGUCAUCGAUUCGAAAUCGUUUCAAACCCGAGCGGGAGGAUAACACAGAAACCGGUGCAAACGGUGCAACCGGAAACGAGCGCGUGGCUUAACUUUUAAAUUGUAACAACGCAACGCACUUGCGCAGCUUAUAGGGUAGGGAACUGAUCGGUGGUAAAGGGCUGUGCGAUCGCAAGCAGCACCUUUGGCGCCGAGUACGAUAAGAGUAUGCUAGUCUAAUUACGGUUUAACUGAGCGGAGCAAAGAACUGAAACUAGAGGGAAAGAGAGAGACGAGCGUAACACGUUGGAUCUAAGCGACCAGCAGGGCUUUGGGGUUUAGUACCAGGCAAGACAUCAGCGAUCGGUGCGUAAGAUUUGAACUGGAGCACGGUAUCACACGGUAGAAAAAAGAUUGCUUUCCACUACUAAUCUUACCGCCAGUGGCGAAAACGCGGUCAAACGGCAAGAGUAGCGCGCGGUGGCGCUGAAACGUGCCUAGAUGCGACCGCGCUAACUUAUCGACUAACGGAAACAGAAAUGUGAAAAACUUUGGUGAACACAAGCGAACUAGACAAUAAAUCUAACAGUA